GCAGAGCUCAUACGGUAUGCAAUGUACAUGUCCGCCCUUGCCAGCACAGGGCGGCUUGAAUGCUGGUCAUAUGAUCGUUCUUUGAAAUUAAACAUUGAAAGAAUGUGGAGCAAGCUGUCCUAGUGCUCCAUACUCAGGUUAGGAUAAGGUUACGGCGCAACUAUCUUCACAACAAGGCUACCCUGCCGCUGACAUUUUUGCGGUGUUGAUACUCAAUUGGCGAAUGCAAUAGAGGUUCCCAAAUGGCACGUCAAGGAAAGAGGAAAGCUGGUGACGUGCGAGAGCCCUCAAAUGGCACCACAGACCCAGAAAGCAGCGACGAAGGGGAUCUUUUAGAAGGCAACGCUUCCGAUGAUGAGGGGGCAUUAAGUGAUGGAAGCGAGGGAGGGCUGGUGGCUUCUUCUUCUGAGGAUGAAGGGGCUCUCGCGAGCGAAGAGGAGGGGUCCGAUCCUGAGAGCGAUGGGGAGGGGGAGAGUGAUGAGGAGAACGAGGAUGGGGAGAUUGGGGAAGCCACAGAGGAGUUGGCGCAGGCGGUGCAGGAUUACUAUCUGGAGCGGGACGCUCGUGAGGGGGAGGAAGCGGAGAAUGGAGAGCUUGUCAGGGGCCAAGAAGAAGUGGGGGUUUCCGGCAGGGGGGAAGAGGAGGAGCGGCGGGGCGCAGGGGAGGAGCGUUUUGGGCCGCAUGUGGACGAAAGCGAUUCGUCUGAAGACGAGCGGCCCGAUAGAAACACGGUGGGAAACGUGCCCCUGGAGUGGUAUAAGGACGAGGAGCAUAUAGGUUAUACGAAACAUGGGAAGAAAAUCAUCAAGCAAAAGCGAAAGGAUGAGCUGGACAAGUUCCUGAAGCAGGCAGAUGACCCGAAAGCCUGGCGGACACUGUACGAUGAGUACAACGACGAAGACAUCGUACUCUCCAAGGAGGAGAUUGCCAUGAUCCAGCGGAUACGGCAGGGCAAGAUUCCGCACGCGGAAGUAAACCCGCACGAGCCGUACGUUGACUGGUUCGAAUUCGAGGACAAGGGGCAGCCUCUGAGCGGGGCGCCCGAGCCCAAGCGCCGGUUCAUCCCGUCAAAGUGGGAGGCAAAGCAGGUCGUCAAGAUUGUGCGGGCAAUUCGGAAGGGCUGGAUCUCGUUUGACAAGAAGCCGGAGGCGCCGCGUGUGUAUUUGCUGUGGGAGGACGACUUUCGGACGGCGGACAAGACGGCCAACGGGCUCACGUACAUUCCACCCCCAAAACCGAAGCUGCCAGGUCACGAGGAGUCGUACAACCCGCCCCUGGAGUACCUGCCCACUGAGGAAGAGCUCAACUCGUAUGAUCUGAUGUACGAGGAAGACCGGCCGAAGUACAUCCCCCGCAAGUUCGACUCGCUGCGGCAGGUCCCGUCGUACGCGAACUUCGUCAAGGACAAGUUUGAGCGCUGCCUGGACCUGUACUUGAGCCCGCGGAUACGCAAGAAACGGAUCAACAUCGACCCCGAGUCGCUCAUCCCCAAGCUGCCCAAGCCCAAGGACCUGCAACCCUUCCCAACCACCCUCUACCUCGAGUUCCUCGGACACGAGGGCGCCGUACGGACGCUCGCGACGGACCCGUCCGGACAGUGGCUGGCCUCAGGUUCUCGAGACGGCACUGUCCGCCUAUGGGAGGUCCAAACCGGGCGGUGCCGCAAAGUCUGGUCGCUUAACACGCCGGUUAAGUUCCUCUCGUGGAACCCAAACCCGGAUCGGCCGCUGCUGGCCGUUGUGUUCGGGCGGAGCGUGCUUUUGAUGGGGAGCGGAACAGGCAACGAAACGCAGUCGGAAGCGGCAGCGGGGUUGGUAAAGUUACAGGAGACGGCGACAGGGGCUGCGGACGAAGGGGCGGUGGUGCGGUGGCAAAAGAGCGAGCGGGCGGAGGGCCUGGAAGUGGUUCACAAGCACGAUGUCGCGCACGUGUCGUGGCACCACAAGGGCGACUACUUCGCGAGCACCUCACCCGACGCCGUCUCAACGGCCGUGCUCGUUCAUCAGCUCGGGAAGCAGCAGACGCAGAACCCGUUCCGCAAGAAUCACGGCCGCGUGCAGCGCGUGCUCUUUCAUCCGACGCGGCCCUUCUUCUUUGUGGCGACGCAGACCCACGUGCGCGUGUAUAACCUGGCCAAGCAGCAGCUGGCCAAGAAAUUGACGGCGGGCGUGAACCAGAUCUCGUCCAUGGCGAUCCACUCCGGAGGUGACAACCUGAUCAUCGGGAGUUAUGAUAACAAGCUGACGUGGUUCGACAUGGACUUGUCUACCAAGCCGUACCGGACGCUCAGGUACCACGACAGCUCGAUCGAGGGUGUCGCAUUCCACCGGUCGUACCCGCUGUUCGCCUCGUGCUCUGACGACGGCAGCGCGCACGUGUUCCACGGCAUGGUUUACUCUAACCUGCUCGAAAACCCGCUGAUCGUGCCGGUCAAGAUCCUGAGGGGGCACAAGGUGGUUGAGAGUGAAGGUGUGCUCGACUGCGCUUUUCACCCCACGCAACCGUGGCUGUUCACGGCAGGCGCCGACAAGUCAAUCAAGCUCUAUUGCAAUUAGGUGCAGCCUGCCUGGAAGCAGACGUUCAUAGAAGCGGCCUUUUCAAAAGUCGCAGCUCAAAGUUAACGGGUCGAUUCACAGCAUGGUCAAGCAAUGUUCUUGUGGGCUCUCAUUCAAUGAUUCACGCUUGAUCGUGCAGCGAUCCUGCAGAACUGCUCUAGAGUGCAUGGACUCAGAUGGGAAAAUAGUGGGUUGCGUGUCGCGCGCCACAAUGAUUGGAGUGGUUUCAAAUAUGGC